CCCUGGCCCCGGUGUCCAUCCCCGCCAUGUCGGGCCUGCGGGCGCUGCUCGGGGUCGCGCUGGUCGCCGUCCUGGCCGGGGGGACCCCCGAUGCUACCGCCCCCCGGAACGUGUCGGUGGUGCUGGAGCCCGGCUCGGGGCGGCUCCGCGUCCUGCCCGGCCGCCUCCCCGCGGCUGUAGCCUGGGCCAGCCUCGACGACCGCAUCCCGGCCGUGGGCUGGGCCUUCCUGGAGGUGACCACCAAUGCCUCCUACAACGACAGCCUGCAGGCUUACGCUGCCGGGCUGGCCGAGGCCACCGUCUCCGAGCAGCUGAUGUACAUGCACUGGAUGAACACCAUGGUGGGCUACUGCGGCCCCUUCAAGUACCAGAGCGAGUACUGCGAGAAGCUGCGGAGCUACCUGGAGGCCAACCUGGCCUGGAUGGAGGAGCAGAUGGGGCAGGGGCAGGACCCUGAGUACUGGCACCAGGUGCGCCUGGCCCUGCUGCAGCUGAAGGGGCUGGAGGACAGCUACAAUGGGCUCCUGGACUUCCCUCAGGGCAGGUUCACCCUGUCACCCUUUGGCUUCCUCCUGCUGCAAUUAGGGGGUGACCUGGAGGACCUGGAGUCUGCCCUGAACCGCUCUUCUCCACGUCGCGUCCUGGGCUCGGGCUCCUGCUCUGCUCUCCUCAAGCUGCUGCCGGCCCAUCAGGAUCUCCUGGUCGCCCACGACACCUGGACCUCCUACCAGUCCAUGCUGCGCCUGAUCAAGAAGUACACGCUGCCCUUCCGCGCCUCGGCCCGCGGCAAUUCUCAGAUCCCCGGCAGCGUCCAGGUCUUUUCCUCCUACCCUGGCACCAUCUUCUCCGGGGAUGACUUCUACAUCCUCAGCAGUGGGUUGGUAGCACUGGAGACCACCAUUGGCAACAACAACCCGGCGCUGUGGAAGUACCUGGACCCACGGGGCAGCGUCCUGGAGUGGCUGAGGAACAUCGUGGCCAACCGGCUGGCCCGCAGUGGCGCCGAGUGGGCCACCAUCUUCCGACGGUUCAACAGCGGCACGUACAACAACCAGUGGAUGGUGGUGGACUACAAGGUCUUCAGGCCGGGGAGGACGAGCCCGCCGCCCGGGCUGCUCACCGUGCUGGAGCAGAUCCCGGGCCUGGUGGUGGUGGCUGAUCGGACAGAGCUGCUGUACCAGCAGGGCUACUGGGCCAGCUACAACCUGCCGUACUUCGAGGAGAUCUUCAAUGCCAGUGGGACCCUGGAGCUGGUGAAGAAAUACGGCGACUGGUUCAGCUACGACAAGAACCCGCGCGCCCAGAUCUUCCGCCGGAACCAGACCCUGGUCCACGACCUGGAUUCCAUGAUCCGCCUGAUGAGGUCCAACAACUACCUGCGGGACCCUCUGUCGAGGUGCGAGGGCUGUGACCCCCCCCAGAACGCCGAGAACGCCAUUUCUGCCCGCUCUGACCUCAACCCCCCCAACGGGACCUACCCCUUCCCCGCCCUGCGCCAGCGCUGCCACGGCGGCACCGACACCAAGGUCACCACCUCGGGGAUGGUCCCCACCUUGGGGCUGGUGGCCGCCAGCGGCCCGGCGUGGGGGGAUGUGCCCCCCUUCCGCUGGAGCACGUCCCCCUGCAGCUCCCUCCUGCACAUGGGGCACCCCGACCUCUGGACCUUCCCCCCUGUCAAGGUCCACUGGGACUGAGCUGCUGGACCACCGGGCUGGACCAUCCAUCCAUCUGUUCUGUGUGUGUGUGGGGGGGUGGACUUCUUUUAGGGGGUGGGGGUCUCAGCGCACCCCGGCUCUCCCCUAUCCCCAGGGUUGGGGUGCAGGGUCGUGUGGCCCCCCCCUCCCUCAGCUCUUUCUGCUUCUGCCCUCACUGCUGUGCAAGGGGCUGUGCCCCCCCCGCCCCCCCCCCAUCCUCCCACCACCGGGGGGCUCCGGCCUCGCCGCGUUUCCCUGCGUGCUGCGGGCACCUGGUUUUGGGGAGGGAAGUUCCCAGGAAACGGGAGGAGGUUCCUGGGAGGGGCGGAGAAGGAGGGAAGUGAGCUGGUUUGGCGGUGAGAAAUAAAAGCGGUCUGUGUGCGG